AUGAAGCGGAGAGGUUUUGUAGAUGGAAUGACUGAGCCAGGCUCUGCGGGAACCGUAGGAGCUGACGCGGCUGUCCAGCCUCACGUCGAAGACCGCGGGUGCGCCACCGGUCUUGAUGCUAUGUCCCAGCGUCCUGACUCGGGAGCCACGCGAGGCUCUCUCCGCACAGUGUUGGCCGGAGGUCACUCUCAGGACUUUGAGUUGUCUUGUGACGGUUCUCUUCUGACUAAGAAGACCCACAGACGCGAGCAAGAGUUCUACAUUUGGCUGCAUGGCCUCGCUCACACGCCUCCCGCGCAGUGUGCCAGCUUUCAUGGCGACCAGAAGAAGCAAAUAAGUCCUAAGGCUGCUUCAAAUGCUUUGACGACGCGAACGGGCUCCGCCGGCAGAGAUACUGAGUCCAAUUUCCAGGUGCCACGUGCACCCGGGUCUCCAGGCAGUUUAAGGUUGAGCUACCACUUGUGCUCGCAAUGUUCUAGUCCUGCGGAUCAUCCAGGUCGGUCCGUGGAUGCAGCCGGUCGAGAACCCUGUGAAAGUGCACCCCCGUGUCUAUGGCAGAAGACGAGGUGUGACCAACAAACAUUCAAAACAAAUUGCGUAGAUACAGUACUCCAGGCACGGGCCCUGCGGCCUUGGAUCCCGGACGUGAUUUUUGUCGGAGAAGCGUCUCUGGAGAGUGCUGUCAGAGGAGACGGACCAGUUCAGUCCACGGGUACUGAAACGACAAAUGCUCGCGACAGUAUUGCUAAAUCAGGGAUUCUCGUCAUGGCGAACAUUCUCCAUGGCAUGCAACGACCUGUCGUUCUAGACCUCAAAAUGGGCACGCGGACGUAUGGAGAUGAUGCUUCGCCUGAGAAGCGUGCGCGAGCGGUGCGUUACGCGGGGGAAAGGGGCAGUGCGUCAUUAGCCAUGGCUUUCAGCGGUCUUUGUGCAGUGCGUGGAGACGGCGCCGUCGUGUGUUUCCAAGGCGGGUCUCGAGCCCCCAAGGGUUAUCGACAUCCGCGAACAGAGGAGGACUUCGUCGACGUGUUCAGGACAUUUCUGAGUUUCGCAGCCUCAGCGAGCCUUAGGAACGCUGUGGCCGCUUCACUGCUGAGCCAGCUCCGCGAGCUGGAGGUGGUGCUUAAAAAUAUUACGAUCGUAAAUUUCUACGGGAGCAGUAUUUUAGUGGCGUAUGACGCUGGGGCUUGCGAAGGCGACGCGCAUGUAAAAAGCGACGUAGAGAACCCCCCGCUGCCGUACGUCAUGCGGGAACUUUAG